UUCCUAUCUCUUCUCCGUCCGAAGUGGGGUUAGCUAUUGGAACCCUAACCAGCUGUUCUUCCCCUCCGUCUGCUGAGCAAAUCUGUGUAAUGGAUGGCAGUGGCAGUCUGAAUGUCCGAAAUUGGGGUUUUUAUGAACCUGCAAUUGCCCGUAAAGGCCAUUUAGGUCUGCAACUCAUGUCAACUGAAACUGAAAAGUCUCUUCUUGGGGGACACAACCACCAUUACCACCCCCACCACCCCUCCAUUAUGGCAUCAAUGAAUGGUGGAGCAUAUUAUCAUCAUCGGGUUGGUGGGAUUUCGGAAUCCCCAGUGGCCAUGAAUUACACGAGGGACGUGUGGAUCAAUCACAGAGACAAAUAUCUGAAUAUGCUACCAGGAAACCACAAUCACCCUGAUAAUGCAGUCUUAGUUGAUACUUCUGUAGCCAAUCCCGUGCAAAUAGUCCAGACACCUAACUUGCCAAAGAACGAAACAAUCUCUCAACUGGAGGAGAGUGGUGUUGAAAGGGAUAUAAGUCCUCCUCUUAAGAAGAGGUCAGGUGGCAAAGCCCAGAAAUCCCCGAAAACAAAGAAGGCUAAGAAAGCCCCUGGUGCCCCAAGGGGCCAGUGCAGUCCUUCCACUCAGCGGGCAAGAACUCCCAAGAAAUGUGCAGAAGUUGUUAUUAAUGGAAUUGACAUGGACAUAUCAGGAAUUGCCCUACCAGUUUGCUCAUGCACUGGAACACCUCAGCAAUGUUACCGAUGGGGCUCUGGUGGGUGGCAGUCCGCAUGUUGUACUACCGGUAUGUCAAUGUAUCCCUUGCCUAUGAGUACCAAAAGGCGUGGUUCAAGGAUUACUGGACGGAAGAUGAGUUUGGGAGCCUUCAAGAAGGUCUUGGAGAAACUUACUUCUGAAGGUUAUAACUUUACUCACCCAAUUGAUCUGAAAACUUACUGGGCAAAACACGGUACAAAUAAGUUUGUCACAAUCAGGUAGGUGUGUGAUGGAACAGCUGUAGUCGGACCACAAUGUGCGUGCGGUACAUUUUCACUGUACAUACAGGCAUUUGGCUUGAAGCAGAACCUUCUCAGGUAGUUCUUAACCAGUGGAAUUUCUGAGUUGCUUCACUGGUCUUUAACUUCUGCCCGUUGAGCUCUCCGGAUAUGGCAUUAUGUUUAUCUUUUGCAGUUGAAAGAAACCUUGAUCUUGUCAUUCAUGCCAGGAUGAGGGAAUUAUUGGAUGAGAUUCAUUUGUUGUAUCCUUGUGGCAUGUUUUUUCUUUGAGACUCUUUAACUGAUUUUCACAAACUGCUUUAAGCUCUCUUUUUCAUAUUCCUUCCCCCCUCCCCACCCAUUUCAUUUACUUCCAAUACAUGGCAAUGUUGACAUUUCUGUAUUGCUUUGUCUGUGCACUUAUAGUAAUCAAAAUCUACCGAAUCACUCAUGUUAUGA